CGCAAGACCUUUCGGCAUCACAUUCCCAAUAAAACCCUACUUUCUCAUUUGAAAUUAGUUUUUAAAAAAAAAAAAAAACUUGUUUUGCGCUGUUGGAAUCGAAACUGAGAGUCGAAGAAUUCUGGGCAACAAAUCAUAAACUUCAAGAAGGAUCCUCAAUCAAAAUCGGUUCCUCAGAUAGUUCACUCCAUAAGAAAUGUGGGAUAAAGGAACUGCUGAUUGAACGGUGCCUCUUCCGGCGACUGGAAUUUCAGCAUCCUGACGUAAUCAGGAAAGGAAAUAGCAAGCGUUUAGAAAUGUAUGCGGACACAUUUAAUCAGAGAAAAAAUGAUAAGCAUGUAAAAACAUGUCCAGAAUCUCCUUCUUCUGGGAGUGGAAGCAGCAAACAUUCCCACUCAAAACCUGAGGUAAUUGAUGGAAUUAGAAGCAGUACAGGUUCAGAAGGACAAAUAGAUGUUAUCGCUAGCAGUGAAAGAGCUUUGGAAGGUCAUGAAAGCAAUUGCCCUGAGACACAUGCCAAUGACACUGGAGGUAUAUGGGAGCCAGUCAGAAGGUCAGGUUCUUCCUCUUCAUCAGAAUCAUCAUUAAACGAUGUCUUUGAAGUAGAGACGGUUGAUUUUGAGUCUAAGACAUCUAGACCUGCAUCAAAAAAUCAACAGAAUAAUGAUAUUUCCAGUCAUAGCUCUUCCUCAUCUGAAGGUGAUGACAAAAACUCUCCAGUUCCCACCUCAACAUGUGUACCACCACCAGUAAGCCCUCCAGUCCAAGUGAUGGACCUGUCGGGAGGAUAUGAUCCUAACAGGAUUCCAUCUUCAAUAUUUGCAAGAAAUAAUACAUCUCCAAUAGAAUGGAGUACUGCUUCUAAUGAAUCAUUGUUUAGCAUUCACCUAGGGAACUAUAGUUUCUCUCGAGAUCAUGCCUCUGCGUUCGAUGAUUUAUACAAGUCUGGAGAAUUGACAAAGUCUGGUGAGCUUCGUAGCCAACCCUCAUUUGUUAUACCAGAGGACAUAGAAUUAGACCAUGAGAAUGUUGAUAAGGAAGACUUGCUAACAAAUAACAUGUUAGAUGAAGCUUUUGAGUCAGAAAACAGGUCGAACGGAGAGAAAAACAAGGCAAAGAGUUCGCAACCAGAUACAAUUUGUAAUUCUCGCAACGUCUCUGGUCGUUCCCAUUGUAGUGGAACCAGUACGUGCUCUUUUGCUUUCCCAAUUUUGAUAGAAGCGGACAGAUUCAGCGCCCACAAGGCAGACGUUUCCCCACGGCAUUCAGAAAAAGAACCCUAUGUUCCCCCAAAAGAAGAUGCAUCUGAACUAGCAUCACGCUCUACUGCCAAGCGUUGGAACUGGUUAUGGUGCUUCUCUUGGUCCUCUUGUUGGACACGGGGCAAGUGUUGUAGUUGUCGUUGUUAAGGUUAUGUAUUAUGGGAUACCCAAGCCUUAUUUGGCAUAGCUAUUAGCUUACAGGUAUGAUCAGAUAUCAAUUCGCAUAUUAUGAGGAUAUUUUACGACUCGUCUUAAGAUUCAAGAGCUUCUCAUUUGUGGAUUCUUCUGUUCUAUGUCUCUGACGUCUGGAAAUCCGUGUUUCCUAGGAGAGCUUCGUUUUUGGGGGUCAUGGCAGCUUAGGAUCUCUGAUCUCGAGUAAA